AUGACUUUACAACCAAAUUCUCCUCGCUCACCAGUUUGGUUCGAACCCAAUAGGACUACAAUCACUGCUACAACAACACAAAGUCGAGUAUCUUUAUCGGAACGACGACGGCCUGCAACAUCAUUGAAACAUGAUUCAUCAAGACUGUUUUUACCAGUGUUUUUAUUGUUCGGAAUUUUAUUUAUUGCAUUAACGUACUGCUGGACCUACCCAAUCCAUCAGCACGAUGCUGGGAAUGUCCACAACGAAAAGGUAGCAUUAUUCAAACAAAUCUUUUCCAGUUCAUUCAUUUUUGUACAAGCUCAAAUACCAGUCAUGCCACUCAUGCCUCAAGAACCGCAACGAAAACGAAGGGUUACCACAGAUCUCGACGAAAAUGAUGACGACGAAGAGGAGCAUAAACAAGCUCCAAUACCUCUUCCAAAACUGGAUCUUGAUCUUGGAGAGCAACAAGAAAACAACGACCAACAAAAUCCAACGACAAUUAAUAACUCACCCCAAAACAAACCUACUGAAGGAAAAAAGGCUGAUGCCGCUACACCCAAACCACCUCCUGAAGGUCUAGUUGAAAAUUUUUUUGACUUUUACCAGAGAUACUCGACAGAAAAAUGGUUGGAAGUGUUAGUAGUUGUCUGUACCAAUGCUUUUGUUUUUCCAUUAAUUAUAGUAGCUCUUAAAAUUAAUCUUCCAUUCAUGGCAGUUAUUGGAUUUGGAACUUUUGUUACUAGCACUUUUUAUCAUACAGGAGAGACAUUAUUUGUGGAAAUUUUUGGAAUGAAUUAUGGACGAUGGCACCGCCUUGAUAAUAUUUUCAUCAUUCUCAGUCUGCAACAAUUAUUCUUCUUCUUGUGCACGACUUGUCCUCCCAACCAUUUUGCAUGGACCGAGUAUGGUCAUUCAAAGAUGAAUGCUUUUGAAAAGUUAUUCACCUCGUGCUAUGACCCCUCAAGCGAUGCGAGUCUAGACAAUCUCUCUCAUGGUGAUGGAGGUGAAUUUGGUGGCUCACUACCCAUGAACGGCGGUAGUAGCAGCAACAGUAGCAGCUUUAAUUUGAUGCCACCUGUGGAAAGUGAUAACGACAUGGAUGGUGAUCCAGAGAUGGCCCUGCAACACACAUACAAAACGUUACCACCUUAUCAAUCUCGUAAAGUGAGAGCCGAAACACGACGCAUUCUGUUGCAACAAAGCAAAUUCUAUGAGUGGAUGUUGUGGGGCUCUCUAUUUUUCACUUUGGUUUGUCAAGAAAAGGCACCAUGGGAAGAAUAUUACACCUUCUUGCCUAUUAUUGUGCCUUCCGUGAUUGUCAUUGCAAGAUGUCUCUUUCUCUUGGAAUCACAUUUAAGACCUUCGUACCGAUUCGGUUGGAUAUGUGCAGGUGUGAUCUCUUUGCUUUUAGGUCUAGCAUGUUUCAUUAAGGGCCUUGACAAUUUCAAUGAUUAUUUGAGACUGUGGCAUGGAAUGUGGCACGUUUUUGGAAGUUUGGGAUUUUUCUGCUUCUUCAUGGGAAAGAAACCAUUGGACAUGAUUGAAUUACAGAAAGCGAUUCAUGAAAAGAUGCUUUUGAGGAAUGAAAAGAAAGUAAAGUGA